AUGCUGACAGUGCUCUUGAAACUCAACCUCAACCCUAAUGCAACAACCUCAGCGGGGCUAACGCCUCUGCAUUACCUCAUAAUCAACCAUGUUGGGUCUUUCGACUCGAAAACCGAUAAAACAUUACCCUACAUAUCCUUACUUCUCUCUCAUGGGGCGCAAAUCGAUGCCCCGAUUUCCCUUCGGGGUAAUGAGACAGCCCUACAUCUCGCCGUUACCGCAAAGAUACCCCAAGAAAUCCUUGUCUCUUUCCUCAUCCAAAACGGGGCCUCUGUUAAUGCUAAAACAAAGGAAGGAAAGACCCCUCUUCAUCUUGCUGCGGAGCGCGGCCGGCAUAAUAUCUUCAAAAUCCUACUAGCAGCAGGAGCCGAUCCUCACAUAAAGGCCCCAGUGAAUUCCUCUUCUUCACAAUCCGGUACAUCUUGGCCAAUAGGCGAGGGCAUCACGGCUCUCGACUUGGCGCAGAAGAAUCCAGUCGGAGUACUUUGGUUUGACGACCAGGGUAGAUUUGAUAGUCCGCAACCAGAGCAGGGAAGACAUAGCGUUGCGACAACCAUAGAAGAAGUUGAAAUCACGUCUGAAAUUGAUGAGAUGGCAGGAUCGACUCUUGUUGGUGAUGAAGCGGCCUCGCUAUGGAGCUCAAGAGCAUCGACGAGGUCCAUGGAGAAUCCUUCGUUAAUUUCCUUUUGGGUAAAAGGGAGCUGGUCUACUUCUACCUAG